AAAGUAUUAGAAAUUUGGAACAUGUUUAAAUAUUUCAUGCACUAAUGAUGAGCAAAUUAAAGGCACUUAAGAAUCGACUUCAACUACUACAUGUUCAUAAUGAUUUGUUGUAAAUCCUCAUUUGCUCAUUAUUAACUGCUGUCGUUUAUUUUCAUUAUUAAAUAUGGGUGUAUCACGUUGUAAGUUUAUUGAACCGUUGAGACAUUAGAUCUGACACAGCUUUGUAUCAUGACGUUAUGCUAAUCUAAUUAGUAUUCAUAGUCGACGCCAACUAAAACACUUAACAAUUCCUUAAUGCCAGACAGCUAUGGAUAUCUACUCUUCAUUUUCACUACAUAUAAAACUAAAUGACCUAUCAAGUCCAUAUAUAGUAUAUAUGGAUACGCAUAUGUGAUACGCGUGUAUCACAUUAAAUCUCAAAGACACGUCUUUAAGAUCUAAUGACAAGUAUUAAGUAUGUUUGCUCACGACUAGAAAUGAAACUGGUCCAUAUUUUUUCAUCUGCGUUGUCGUAGACUGAAUGCAAAAGUUCCCACUCUAAACAACUUUCACGAAAUGCUAGUGACUUCAUGAAUUGGUUUACUACCAAUGUAUGUUUUGGUCUAAUCAAAAUGCAUCUGUUAAUAUGGUUACGCAAAUAGUAGUUGUUUCGGGCAAAGAAUUCGUAGUCUGAAAACAUCUGUAAAUAUUUACGAUGUACAUUUCAGGUAUAAAGAGUAGAAUGCUAAUGAAACUUUAUACGCAUAUAGACAUUAAAGUAGCGGUUGUUUGAUAGAUUAACUUUAUUAUGAAGUAGUAUUAUUCACGUGAUUUUUAUGUGACAACUUGCACAGGGUUUAACGAAACUGGUCCUACUGUUCUUUUGUAUAAUAAGAUGCAUGAUUUGAGGGUGGAGUGCCAGAGGCGUGUGAUUGUUUUGUACCAGCAAGCUUCAGUCUAAUCUCUUGAACAAUUGUUCAAUAACUUAAGCCAUUUAAAUGUCUAGAUACCGACUCUCUUAGCAGUAGAUCCUAAAAGUUGAUUACUUGACGGAGAAACUUAUUUUGCCCCAGGGAUGCUGUUGUCUCUUCUCAUUUAAAUCCCCCUGCUAUGUCCACUGAAUCAUCCUGACCUAGCUGACAGACUAUAUUUCAUGUCAAAAAUCUUUUCUUAGAAUCUUGCUCAGUGUAUUAAAAUGACAUGUGACAGUCACGAUGUUGCGACUGAUAAAGUUUGAAUUUUCCAAGCAAUUAAGGAAAAGCAUUUUCAUAUCCUCUAUAAAUUGCUUAACGUUACACCUCGUUUUCUGUUCAAUCGUUCUUAUUAUGAAUCUCCUAACUUGUUUUGUUUUUACUGUUAGGACUUCCAAUGAGUUCAGACAACGUUGUUACUUCAGUACUCCCAGAUUCAUAUUCACUAGCUCGAAGACACUUACAGUUGAGUCGAGCAAAGCUCAAAGCCACUAGUCGAGUGUCUGCCUUGCUGGCAGGCUUCGCUAUGGUUGCAAUCAUUGAAUUGCAGGUUACUUUAACAGUGACUAAAUAAGUGGUUUAGGUUGCUGUUGGCGAAAGUAAACCACCUGAAGGAUUAUUGUUUGCUUUCACGAUUCUUUCAUGUCUUCUGGUUGUCGUGCAUAUAAUGGCUGUAAUGAUAAGUACUUGUAUUUUGCCACAUAUUGACUCAUACAUGGUCCCUCAAGACUGUUAUUUGAUUGAGGAAGCACCACACAACAGAUUAAGAACAUUUGUUGAAGUUGCAUGGAUUUGCAGUACUGUGGUUGGCAUCAUUUUAUUUUUAGCUGUGGUAACUUUAGCAUUUUGGGUUAAAUUUUGGUCUGUGAGUAGCCUGUCUGCCAUAGCCGCAACAAUUGUUUUGAUGCCAGCCAUGCUCAUUUUCGUCAUUUUCGCUAUAUUAUUUUAUCGUGCGCUCACUACCUACAAAGUGGAACGAGCUACGGAAAUGAUACGUAAUAUUGAUAUGCGCAUGUCCUUUCUUAGAAGUGGAGUUCAGAAGAUAUAUGACGAAGAUAACAGGAAACAACAUGUUUGACGUUGAAUACUUUUUGGACCUUUUCAUAUCUAUCCUUACAUACAGUACCCUCUUGUGUUCCUAAUUGAAUAUGAAUUGAAUAAUAUAAAUUGAGUGUCUU